AUGGAGACAGAAAAGGGUAUGUCAUUGCAGGUUAUAUAUCUUGUUGGUUUAACUUUCAUGUUUUAUUUAUCACUUGCUGUUGCACAAGAGGAGCAAAACAACCUGCAAACAUAUAUCGUUUGGGUUGAAAAGCCGGUGUCCCAGAAUUCUUUUGCACAAUCUCAUGAAGAACUGGAGAGUUGGUAUCAGUCAUUUUUGCCUGAAACCAGUGAAAACUCAAAUCAGCUGAUGAAGCAAAGAAUGGUUCAUACAUACCGUAAUGUGGCCAUAGGGUUUGCAGCAAAACUGAUGCCAGAGGAAGUAAAGGCAAUGGAAAAGAAAGAAGGGUUUGUGUCAGCUCAUCCCGAGAGAAUUCUGCCUUUGCAGACUACUCAUAGUCCUGACUUCUUGGGUUUACACCAAGGGUCGGGACUAUGGGAACAAACAAACUAUGGUGAAGGUGUGAUCAUUGGAGUUUUGGAUACUGGUGUUGCACCAUAUCAUCCUUCAUUUAGUGAUGAAGGAGCUCAAGCAAAGGGAAACCUACAGGGAGCGCUCCAUUUGACCAAGAUGGCCAUGGCACCCACACUUCUAGCCGCUGGAAAUUUUGUGGAAGGCGCAAACGCAUUUGGAGUGGCGAAUGGCACAGCUCUUGGCAUGGCGCCUUAUGCUCACUUGGCCAUUUGCAGAGUCUGCGACUUUGAUUGUGCUGAAGGUGACAUUUUGGCGGCAAUGGAUGCUGCUGUUGAAGAUGGCGUGGACGUGCUCUCCCUCUCACUUGGCGGUCCCUCGAUUCCUUUCUAUGGGGAUGUGAUUGUAGUUGGUGCAUUUGGAGCAACUCAGAAGGGAAUUUUUGUCAGCUAA